AUGCCCAAAAACAAACGGGCAUCAUGCGACCGUUGUCGUGAACAGAAGAGGCAGUGUGACCUUUCCUCUCGUAUGACAAGGCGAGAAGAAUGCUGCUCAAGGUGUGAAGAGCAGGGAAGUGAAUGCCGUUUUGAAAGGUCGGAGGCUAUCCUCCCACGCAAACGCCAGCGUUUGAAGCUAGAAACACAGUGCAUGGGCUCCAGCUCGCAUCAAGCAAGAGAUCCCUCUGUUGUCACUUCGCGGAGCUCAUCGCGCCGUCUGGAUGUGGACCACGAGGCCACGAGCGCAGAUCACCGCGAGAGUAUUGGUCCUCCCAUCGAGCAUCAGGAUGCUCCAUUUUUAUCGCCAGAAAUCCCACUCACAACGGUGUUGUUGGAUGAAGCAUUCGAAUACAGUCCGCAGCGUUCGAGAAGCCCUCUUGCACUUAGCUCUCAAGGGGCUUCAUUCCUCCAUCGUGUCUUUUCUGGCAAGUCUGAGCCACAUCCGUCGGAGCAUAUACCACCCGUUAGCAUCGACACGGAAAGCCCAAUGCUUGAGCCGCCAAUCUCUGAAAAAAAGUCUCAGACGUUGACUUUGAUCGCCUUCCCCUUGUUCAUAAAGAACGCACUGCCGUUACAGUGCCGAAUGUGCGAGCCGACCAAAUCCCGAAACUUUUGGCCUCUUUCGACCAAGUCUUUCCGGAUUUCCUCGUGCCUUGGAUGGUAG